UAUAUCGUAAAUAAAAUAAAAAUAAUGAACGCCAAAACUUUAGCAAUUAUAGUUAUACUUCUGUAUAAUGUGAGGAUAUGUCAGAGUAAGAAAUAUGUCAAUUAUACAUUGUACUCCACUGUUCCAACGCAGCCAGUUCAUUUGAAGUUUCUGCUGAAUUUGGACAAACAAAAGUACAUGGACGUGAUAUUUUGGAGGAAACCUUCUAUGUUGUACGAAGAUGUGCAGCUUAUAGUCAAUCCUGGGGACAAAGAGCAUUUUCUGGAAAGGGUAUAUCAUUUUAAAAUGAAAGUUGAAGAGAUGCUAACUGAUGUUAAUAGUGCAUUUGAAGCACAGACAGUCACAAGAUAUAUGCGUUUAAAUACAGACACGUACACAUGGUACCAUUACCACAGAUUAGAGGAUAUCUACCAAUGGUUAACUGACAUGGCUGUCCGAUAUCCUAACGUGAUGGAGGUGACUUCUAUCGGAAAAUCUAUUGAGGGCCGGGAUAUUAACGUCGUCAGCCUAAAAAGACCCGGUAACAAGUUUAAAGUUAUCGUCGAAGGUGGAAUCCACGGUGAUGAGUGGCUUUCGGUCGAAUUUGUCACGUAUCUCAUUAAUGAAUUAGUGGCAAAAAAUAAUACUGGCAAUUACCGAUUGCAUGAUUUGAGUAGAAAGUAUGAUUGGUAUUUGAUACCAGUUGUUAAUCCUGAUGGUUAUCUUUAUAGUCAUACGACGGAUCGUCUAUGGAGAAAAAAUAGGAGGGGCACGGCAAAUGCAAUAGGGGUUGAUCUGAAUAGGAAUUUCGACUAUAAUUUUGGAAAAUAUGGCGCAAGUACGGAUCCAAAAGCGGAUAACUAUUGUGGACCGCGUCCGUUUUCCGAACCCGAAGCCAGAGUACUAGCAGACUUCAUAACUGAAAAGAAACAGAACCUACGUUUUUACUUCUCCUUUCAUGCUUAUGGACAAAAACUUAUAAUACCUUAUGCGGAUAGAAUAAACCAUCUCGACAAUUAUGGUGAAAUGGAAAAUUUCGGUAAACAGGCAAUAUUGAAGAUGUACAAAAUGUACGGCACAAAAUACGGUAUCGGCACAACUUAUGAUACUUUGGGCCUUCGUAUUUCCGGCAACAGUGCCAGUUGGGUGAAGAGAAUUCACGGCGUGAGAUACGUCUUUACGUUCCUUCUUCGAGACGAAGGGACUUAUGGCUUCGCGCUCCCUCCUAACCAAAUCUUGCCAACGUGUGAAGAAACCGUCUCUGGUCUAACAGAAUUAAUGGUCGCCAAGCCUAGAAGAGUCAGGUUGAACUUCAUCAACAAAGCUCAGAAGCCGGCCUCAGUUACUUUCAUAUUAUUUUGUACCACU